GUUACCUUCCCGAGACAACACAUAAAGCAGCGCCCAGUGGCGAGCGAGCGGCACACUCUUCUCCUUGCACUAAACAAACCCUCCCCAGGAGCAAAAAUUCCCCAAGCAUCCGGAGUUGCUGACAGCGAACCCUCAUCCCCCUCGCCGCUGCGAAUCCGCUGCCCGCGUCUCUCCCAAAUCGAAGCUCCAGGCUUAGCUGCUCGGGCUGGGGUGCUGUAGCUGUUAACUUCGUGCUCGAGUUCGCGUGGAACGUGGCUCGCCUGAACUGGGAUCCCGUUGUGUUCCGGCGGAAGGUCGGAUUUGAGAGCGGCCAGUGUCAUCUCGGACCAUUGUAUUCGCCGCCAGCUUGUCUAUAGCCCUGCUCGUGAAAAUAGAACGGGCCGUGGUGCCGGCCUGAGCCAGUCGAAGAUCCGAAGCGCACGCGUUUUCUACAGCAAAGCAUUGCUAGUUCAUAGCCAUUUUUGUUUACGAAAAUGCAUCCCAAGGCUCGAAUCCACGCAGACCCGGCUAUGGAGGUUGACCGUAUCGACUGCUUGCCGGACGCACUCGUCCUGCUCAUCCUGAACAAGCUGGCGGACGUGCGCUCCCUCGGCCGCUGCUCCGCCGUGUCGAAGCGGCUCCACGGGCUCGUCCCCCUCGUCCACGACGUCUACGUCAAGAUCGACCGCGUCGUGGCCGUGGACGGCGACGCCGACGACGCACUCAACCUGGCUUCUCCCAAGCCCCGGCACAUCUUCUCACACUUCCUGAAGCUGAUGCUGUUCACCAUCGUCAAGCCAUUCCACAGCAUGCGCAGCCCAGGCGGCGCCGGCAUCAGGCCGCUGUUCCCGCACCUCGCCCCGCAUUCGCCCGUGCAGGUGCUGAGGAGCUUCACCCAUGUCCGGAAUCUCCGGGUGGAGCUCCCCUCCGGCGAUGUCGGUACCGAGGACGGGGUGCUGCUGAAGUGGAGGGCCAAGUACGGGAGCACGCUUCAGAGCUGCGUGAUUCUCGGCGGCACCCUGGUCAAUCGCAAGCCUACCGGCGCCGCUGGGCACGAGCCGUCGGCGGAGGACAGCGGAAGCAUGCCGGAAUCUUUCUAUACCAACGGCGGGCUGAAGCUCCGUGUCGUGUGGACCAUCAGCUCCCUGAUUGCCGCGUCGACGAGGCAUUUCCUUCUCCGGUCAAUCAUCAACGACCAUCCGACGUUGAGAAGCUUGGUCUUGGCGGACGCCGACGGGCAAGGCGUGCUGUCCAUGGGCAUGGAGCAGCUCGAAGAGUUCAGGGAGAACCAGCUGUCAGCCUCGGCGUGUUCCAACAGGACGCAGGUACCGGCGUGCAGCAUGAAGCUGAAGUACGCGCCGUACCUCGAGCUGCCUGGUGGCUUGGCAUUGCAGGGCGCAACUCUUGUUGUUAUCAAGCCGUCUGGCGAUGGGAUUGGUGGUUGUCACGUCAGUCGGAAGGAAACUGAAGCUUUUGUUUCAGGCGCGUUCGAUGGACCGUUCAGAUUCGCGGCGAAGGCACUGAUGAAGAGACGCACCUAUCUUUUGGAGAUGAAUGGUUUCUAAGCCUGUUG